AGGCACAAAGCAUCGAGAAUGGAGGCAAAGCAGGAUUCUCAAUGAGGACGAACGUUGGGGAGCGAGGAGUACCCAAAGUGGGCGCCUGGACGGAAAUGGGAUGCGCGCUUGGAGGAGGACACCGACUCUGUCUCUGCCGACCAAGACCCAUGGCACCAGCUCGCACUUCUACCCGUCGCAGCCACCGCGACCACACAUCCCAGUCUCUUGCUGUUCACCAUGAUCCUCAACAACAUCCCCAGGUCGAGCAGGAGCCCAAUGGUGAUCUCUUUCUCGACCCCAUGAUGGGGACCCCGCUCUCCCUGUAUGUCGACAAGGACGUCGAAAACCGAGACCAGAUCGUGGACCUCAUCACGAAAAACGGGGGUGUGGUCUCUCCAGGCUACAGUGGUGUAGUUCACAUAUUGGUCGAUCCGCACAAAGAGUCGGGGCAGAACCUGUAUCGUCAAUAUGUUGGCAAGAAGACCAAGAUUGUUCUCGACGCGAAUUGGGUAAUAGAGUGCGUCAAAGCUGGCGAACUACAGACAUAUCAGACGAAUUGGGCUGGUUGCAAGGUUACGGGUAAUGAGCAGGUCAUUCCUCCCGCAAGCGCUGUUGCUUCGACAAGUCAAGCUGGACCAUCCAACGUCCAUAUGGCUUCGGUCAUGCCUGAACAAAUGGUUCAGGCUGUUGCGCCGCCUCCUCCUAUGAUGCGACAACCGACACACACGCAUGCUCUAGCUCAAGCUGCAAUGCCUGCUCCAACGACAGAACAGCUUGUACAACACCAGCAAGCGGCAUAUGGUUACGCACUUUACCCUCAUGGUGCAAUGCACCCCUCAACAUCAGCACCUCCUCAAUCAUGGCAAACUCCUAACGGCAUUGCGCCGCAACAGACACAUAUGGCCCCUGCAGCCCAUAUGAUGCCACGGCACCCUCAUGAAUAUCAAGACCAGCAACAAGCAGCUUGGGAUCCAUAUCAUCAUCACCACGCUGCUCCUCCCCAGCAAAUUGUUACCAAUGUUCCUCAGGAGUACGACUAUAGGUAUCGCAAUGAGCCACCGAAUUGGGUUGCUACUGCAAGUGAAUAUUAUGACCAACAGUAUGAUCACCCAUACCCCGAACCCACUUUUGUAGAAGAGGCUGGACCUUCGAACGCAGAACCAUCAACAUCAGGAGGGGAGGCAGCAGCACCCGAGCCGUCUAGAGGACGUAAACGUACACGCACUCAGCCGCAACCUGCCCCGCCGGCUGCCACACUAGUCGUCAACCGUCGGAAUGCACCAGCACGUUCACCUACACCUCCCACACGAGUGAUCAAGAGUACUUUCGGAGGGAACUUGUUCACGUCGGAUGACAUUGAAUACUUGAAGAAGUACAUCGACUACUGUCAAGAACAAGGUCUCGUUCUCAGUUUACGAGAGAUAUGUGAACGGGUUGCUGUGAAAGCUCCUCACCACACAUUUUAUUCGUGGAGGCGCUAUUGCAAUAAGCAUCAGAUUCGAUUGGGGGGAUAUGCAAUGGAUGUCGGCAAUGGUUCAGAACCCCCGGAAGUGGAAAUUGGUGGCGGUAGCGGUCCUCCUGAUUCAGAGACUCUUCAACAGUUGCCAACACCUGGCGUCGGGCCUAGUACUAUCGCUGUUGCACGACAAGCGGCACAGGCUGAUGAGGGUCGCGCACGGUCCCCAACUCCCCCAAGAGCGUUGUUUCGAAGCACUACAGGGAAAGGUGUGGCGUUUACGGACGAAGAUGUCAUAUUCCUCGUGCGAUUCUUGGAGUACAGGAAUAGGACGCAUGGUGGGAAGGUUGACAUGGUAGCAUUCUGGAAAGAUGUCGCUGCGAAGGCUCCCCACCAUUCCCGCGCGUCGUGGAUGAAGUUCUACCGAAGACACAAGCACGAAUUGCAUCAUACGGAAGGUGAUGAACCGUUGCCUCCGCCACCAGAGAAGAAAAUGCGGUAUAGCAAGAUGGACGAUGUGUUAUUGGCAAAAUAUUUCUACGACAAGCCGGAAGGAACAUCGGAUAAGAUAUUCCAGCAGUUCGCGCGAGAGCAUCCCCACCACCCUUGGAAGGGUUGGCAGGAACAUCACCGUAUCCAUAAGGCGAAGAUCGACCACCUCAUCACGAAGCUCGUGAGCGGAGAGAACAUAGAUGCAGAGGGCGAAGAAUGACCGAGUUCAUGGACCUAUUACAUACGCAAUUGUCUAUCAUUAUUACUCGCACGUUUCUUUAGAUUCCACUGCAAUUGACUGCAUUGCGAUUUUGUCGCGAUACAUACGGUGGCGUGGAGUGCACACCAUGAUUCAUAAUGUUGCUGGCAAUAGUCACCACAUGUGCUGCCGGUCCCUGUUUGGUGCUGUUUGGCAUCAGUCUUGUGGUAUUUUCGCUUAUUGGAGAACCAGAACGACUUCACUCUUACAUCGUUCCUUUCUUGGUUCCUUCAUUUUCCAUGACAAUGACCUAGUAGAUGAGACCCAAGCUUUAUUGCUUGUAUCUGCUAACAAACUGAAGAUCGAGAA